GCUUUCUGCUCAUUGUGCGACUUCGGCGAGAGAAAUUUCCGCUUCCUGCACCGACAAACACCAACCAACACGCAGCGAGCAGACACGAAGUUGAGGCGCAGGCGGAGGGGGGUGGAUAGCGAGAGGGCACACAAGGCGGACGCGGGGGAUUCACCGCCUGUCUUCGGGUACAAAACCCCCGGCGACUGCAAUGUGUUCACUGCCAGGCGGCGAAUAGCACGAAACCGACCAACUUUCCGUUUUGCAUUGUACGCGGGAGCGUUUUUACGCAUUUGCACCACCAGGAGCCUGACAAAAUAAGCUUAAGGAAGGAGGAGGAGGCACCCAACAACAAAAAAACACACAGACACACGGAGAAGCCAGGCUACUACGGGUAUUCCUCCUAUCAACUCCGCCUGAAAGCCCGUUUUCAGCCUCCAGGAUGUCGGAGCGAGGAGGGCUCCCGCGGACUGGGGGCGUCCCUUCGCCGCACAUGCAGCCCUCCAAGCCGGUCAGCAUCACCUCCAACCGGCCGGUCCACAUGAACCUGUACGCUACCUGGGAGGUGGACCGCUCCUCACCCAGCUGUGUGCCGAGGCUGUUCAACCUGACUCUGAAGAAGCUGAUCAUGCUGAAGGAGCUGGACAAAGACCUCACCUCUGUGGUCAUUGCUGUCAAACUACAGGGCUCUAAGCGGAUCCUGCGCUCCAACGAGAUCCUGCUGUCCUCAGCGGGGCUGACGGAGACCGACCUACAGCUCACCUUCUCCCUGCAGUACCCACACUUCCUGAAGAGGGAUGCCAACAAGCUUCAGAUCAUGCUGCAGCGACGGAAGCGAUACAAGAACCGGACCAUCCUGGGCUACAAGACCCUGGCCUUGGGACUCAUCAACAUGGCCGAGGUGAUGCAGCACCCCAGCGAGGGGGCCCAGGUCCUGGGGCUCCACAGCCAGCUGAAGGACGCCUCGGUGCCCGUCGCUGAGAUCCGAGUCUACUCGCUGUCCAGCCAGCCCAUCGACCACGAGGGACCCAAAGCAAAGAUGUCUGAUCGCUCUCCAGACAUUGACAACUACUCUGAAGAGGAGGAAGAGAGCUACUCAUCAGAACAGGAAGGCAGCGACGACCCCAUUCAUGGACAGUAUCUAUACGACGAAGAAGAGGAGGUGAGGAAGAAGAAGCCGAGGCGUAAGCUCCCCUCCAAUGCCGCCAUCACCAGACAACCCAACAUCAAGCAGAAGUUCGUCGCCUUGCUGAAAAGGUUUAAAGUCACCGAUGAGGUUGGUUUCGGCCUGGAGCAUGUGUCGAGGGAGCAGAUUCAGGAGGUGGAGGAAGACCUUGACGAGCUGUACGACAGUCUGGAAAUGUACAACCCCAGCGACAGCGGGCCUGAGAUGGAGGAGACCGACAGCAUCCUCAGCACACCCAAACCUAAGCUACGGCCUUUCUUUGAGGGAAUGUCCCAGUCCAGCUCCCAGACGGAGAUCGGCAGUCUGAACAGCAAAGGCAGUUUGGGUCGAGACAUUUUCAGUCCGCAGGGGGAGCAGCCUUCUCUAGAGAAGAUGAAACCCUCCCGCAGCCGCAACCUGGAGGAGGCGUUGUCUGAGACCGACACACUGGAGCUAACAGAUCAGGAGCUGUUUGCUGAGGUGGGCCCCUGCAUCAUGGUGUCAGUGGCAGAGAAACCCCGUACACCCCUGAAGAGCAGCAAAAGUGAAACCCAGGCCAUGCCAUCACCAAGGUUGGACGGAGGCCACACACCCCGACAGAAGCGUGUAAGCACUCCAAUGAAGGAGAGACAGCUGUCCAAACCUCUGAGUGAACGGACCAACAGCUCGGACUCGGAGAGAUCCCCGGAGCUGGGACACAGCACACCACUCCUGAGGAAGGUAGUGUACGACCAACUGAACCAGAUUUUGCUGUCCGACUCUGCGCUCCCAGAGAGCCUCAUCUUGGUCAACGGCACUGACUGGCAGGGGCAGUAUGUUGCAGAGCAGCUCCAGGUACAGAGACACCCGGUGGUCUGCACGUGUUCAGCGGCCGAAAUCCAGGCCGUGCUGUCCGCCGUGCUCACUCGCAUCCAGAAAUUCUGUAACUGUAACUCGUCCAUGCCCAGAGCGGUGAAGGUGGCGGCGGUGGGCGGCCAGAGUUACCUGGGAGCCAUCCUGCAGUUCUUUGUCACUCAGCUCGCCAACAAAACAUCCGACUGGCUUAACCACAUGCGCUUCCUGGUUGUGCCUCUGGGCUCCCAUCCGGUUGCCAAGCACCUCGGCGCCCUUGACAACCGCUACAGCUCCUCCUUCCUGGACGGGGCUUGGAGAGACGUGUUCAGCCGCUCUGAGCCACCACAGACAGAUCAGUUGGAUGUAGCGGCAAGAAUCGCCCAGUACAUUAGCGGGGCCACAGUCACACACCAGCUGCCCAUCGCUGAGGCCAUGCUCACCUGCAAACACAGGACGCGAGAUGAAGACUCCUACCAGAAGUUCAUUCCUUUUAUAGGGGUAGUAAAGGUUGGUCUUAUCGAGUCCGGACCUUCUCCCACAGGAGAUACAGAAGAAGGCGUGGCGGUGAGCUUGGCUGUUCCCUCCACGUCUCCCCCCUCCCAUGGCUCACCCACGGGGAUGAUUAAAGAGGCAGCCACGCCCCCCUCCUCCCCCUCCAUGGGCAGCGUCCUGACUGCACAAGGAAGUCCCAGUAUGUCUCACGGCGUGGACGCCAUCGGCCUGCAGGUGGAUUACUGGCUGGCCUCCCUGGCUGAGAAGCGGCGGGACGGUGACCGGCGCGACACGGGUUGCAAGAACACACUAAAGAGCGCCUUCCGCUCGCUGCAGGUCAGCAGGCUACCAGGCGAGGGCAGCAGCGACCCACAGGCCCAGGUCAGCACCAUGGCCAUGACCGUGGUCACCAAGGAGAAGAACAAGAAAGUUCCAACCAUCUUCCUGGGAAAGAAGCCAAAGGAGAAGGAUGUAGAUUCAAAGAGCCAGGUCAUUGAAGGCAUCAGCCGACUCAUCUGCUCCGCCAAGCAGCAACAGACCAUCCUGAAAGUGUCCAUAGACGGUGUGGAGUGGAACGACGUUAAGUUCUUCCAGCUGGCCGCCCAGUGGCCCACUCAUGUCAAAUACCUACCUGUCGGACUUUUCGGCUACAGCAAGCCUCCCUCCUAGGGGUGAGCACCCGCCGACUCCUCUGACCCUCACUUGACCUUCGACUUUCCUCCAUCCUGUCACACCUUUGGGCAAAGACCCCGGCCCUCAGUACCUGCAGAGCGGAGAGAAGACGUCGAACGGCUGGACUAUUUUUCUUUCUUUAGUUUCUUUUUGGCUACAGUUGUCUUGUUUCUGUUUUGGGACGGAGAGAAGGAAAGGAGGUGUUGGGGUGCAGCGCUGUUACUAGUCACUUUAAUGCCCCUUUUUGUGAGUGUUUGACGAGUGUGCAUGCACACGUGAAUGUACAGUGUGUGUGUGUGUGUUUACAAGGGGCUUACAGCACAAGUUUAUUAGCUUACUGCCAUUUACGUUUCCGUUCUAUGGAAUGCAAUAGCAUGCAACAACUCACCAGUUUCAAGCCCUUAAAGUCCGACCCUCAACUUUUGACCCCCUCCGAGGUCCCACUCACUUCAAAACCUGGUCCACACAUGCAUGCUCCGAACUAACAGAUAACACCACUCAUGUGCCGGGAACAGUAACUCAAAACAAAAAUAGGAUAAUAAUAAAAAUGCAACAGGGCUUCAGGGUUUGCAUGAGCCAGUGAAAACACAAAGAAAAGUCUCACAAAUUGCAGUCAAAUAAAAGGCUUGCAUGUGAUGAAUUUCUCUUUUACAUGUUCUCCGAUGCCCUUCAAAACAGUCCCAUUCUUUCUUUCUUUUUCAUUUCAAGGGCUUCCAUAUAAUUAAAAAAAAAAAAUCUGUACCAAAAUAAGUCAUUUGGAUGUUGAAUUGCAAGCGUUUCCUGUCAAAAAAAAAAGAAUAUCUAUAAAAGGGAAGUGUCUUUUUUUUUAAAUUGUGCUCUAGUUAAAAAUAGUAAAACCUUCCCUUUAAACCAGUUUUGUGAUGCAUAGUGUAAGUUUUUGUGAAGAGUUGCAGGGCAGGGGCUACUGUAAUGUGCAAUUUUCAUUAUCUUCUUUUUUGCUAUGCACUUAUGAAUACACAUCUGGGUGUUUGCCGCCUACAGCUGGUGAAAAAUAGAUGAAGCCUCUCAACAGCAGAGCCAACAGGAAACUGAAACAACAAAAUGCUUUUUUAAACAGUCCAAAUCUUAUCCAUACUGCGAAAAAUCACUUACAAUAAAGCACAAUGUCGUCUGCCAGUUGUCCCCCGAAUUUCUUUAUUGGCAACAGACUGGCAGCUUUCUAUUUAGUGAAAACAGCGGACCUGGUCGAAAAUCAAUUUUUUUAAGCAUUUCUCCUUAAUAACAUCAUUUUAUCAAGUAUAAAAAAAAUGACAUAUUUGCAUUGGUUUCAGUUAUUGUGGCACAGGUCUGCUACACGCUUUCUCUAGGAUGUCGUGAGGUGAAUAGUGAGUGUACAGUAACUGGUAACACGUGUGUGUGUGUGUGGUGAAAUAAAUGUAAUGUGGUCAGAAACCUAAAAAAAAAAUCACUAAAUAGGAGGAAUACUUUUUCUACCAUGUGACAGAGAGGGCAUGCAAUUGGGGUGUGUGUGUGUGUGUGUGUGUGUGUUGGCACUGUGUGUUGAUGAUGUCAUUAUCAAUAUCAUUGGUUAUCAGAUUAAGGCUGCAAAAGCUGCAGUAGUCGUCUUGUUUACGUUGUAGCCUGGCACAAGGCGAAUGCAAAUUUCUUUUUUUUCCCACCACUAAACAACUUCGAAAACUAAACAAAAUCUUAAAUUAAAUUCACUUUUAUUGAAUUUAGGAAUUACAGGAAUGUAUCUACAAAAGUGGUUUAUGAUAAUAAUUGUUCUAAGGAGCAAUUUUCUUUUAAAUGCAAAGUGUAGCUCUGCCUUGUGUCACCUACAUCGUAACACUCUCCAUCUCCAGUGAAGUAUUAGCGAAAUAGUUUUUUAUAAUAGUGUUAACGCCAACGUCUUGAUUUAAAUGCUGUUUUUGUUCGUUUUGAAAAGUAGAUUAGAGAGUUUUAUUACAGUGUUACGGUUGUGAUGUCGGCAGCACGUCUCAAACUCGGCUCAUUAUUCUGUUGGACGCCACCUGUGACACGAGGUUUCACACUGAAGGGUUUCAGAGCUCGCUUUGUUUGUUCGCUCUCUGUUUAACAGCUCAUCUGCCACGGCUGAACCACCACUCAGUUUGUGCGAUUUUAAAGUCCUCUCAAAUAUUUGAAUGUAUUGAAUUUAGUUUACAUGUCUUUGUGAACGACUUGAGGCACAAGUUAGAGUUGUGUGUCACUAUAAUAAAAUCAUUUGGUGUUAUUUGGACUAAAAGAGUUCAGUGCAGUGAUACGAGCGAGUUUGGAUACUUUUCUUCAACUUUUAUGUGUGUAAACAACAAGAAGACAAACGGCCAGCGGGCCUCUCGGAACCUGUAAGUCUUUCUUCACUUGUGUUGCUGACAACCAUUAAGGGCUUGACAGACAGACGGACUGACUGAUGGGUUUGAAUCAGUCCUGAAUAUAAGUGAACAUUUAUGUACUGUAGUUUGACAUUGAGGUUGCUUAAUCAUUUCAUUCCAAAAUUGAUCACAUUUUAAAAUACUGACACUUGCUGUUGUGGAAGUGGACUCAAUCUGAAGAUCUUUGCUAAGAAAAAAGUACAAUCACUUUAAAAUAACCCAUACUUAGGAAGGGUUUAUAAUUUGCCACUAAUGACUUCAUUAAUGUUAUAAUGUAAUAAAGGUUGUAAGGCCAAAUUUCAAUGAAGUAUCCCUUUUGUACAUUAUAUCCACUUAUAUAUUUUUUUAUAUUGACAGUUUGUCAAAUGAAUACAAAUCCACAGAGAAUCACCACAAAACACUUAAAUUAUAUCAAAGUACUCAAGAUUUGAUUCUCACUGGAACAAAUUGCUUGUGAUUUUUAAUGAAUUGAACAAAAAUAAAUUAACUUUCUACCGCAGUUUAAUUGCAAAAAAUAAUUCCUAAAACCUUGCAAUCUCUUAGAAAAGCUGUCGUGAAAUUAGGCUUUACGGCU